CCGAGCAAACGCCCUUUGCCUCGAAGCGCCCGUCCCAGCUCGAACGCUGCACCCUCCACUCCUUUCUCCACCUCUGUCCGGUGCUGCUGCACAUCCUCUUGCAUCGUCGCGGCUGCCCCUUCAGCCUCCAGCCGACCGUGUUGCUCUGCUGCCAAGCUGAGACCAGUGCAGGGGACCGACGGCUUCCCCGAGUGCCUGCACCACCUCCACGACUCCAGCCAACCCGUGUCACAACUCCUCGCCGAGUCGGGACAUGUCUCUGUUGAGACUGUUUGCUACCGUACAAUCACCACCAUGAGCCCCUUCAUCACCGCCGACCAGUCUAUGCCCGGCCCGUAUCCCGCGACCAGACCCACCACUCCUCCCCACGACCCAACCUCCCGCCUCGACGCCACUCCCGCCCUCACCACAGUCAACGAGAAGACCAUGCCCGCCUCAUCCAUCUCCGAUCUACCAGUCCUGCAGGCCGGCUUGAAUGCCACCCUCGAGGGCAGAGCUUCGCGGGCCCUCCCACAGCCCCAAACGCCCACAGCGCCGGCUCCGAAAGUGGCACGUAUUGUGAGAGAAGAGCCAGAGGACCUACCGGAACUUCACCAACCACGCCCUUCUACUCCCAGGGAGCAGACGGAUCCCAUGCCAGAUGCUCUCCUCCACGCUACACUCCACCCUCGCCCGCGAAACCGCUCUCCCUACUCUCGCAGCCACCUCCGCUCGCAGUCCAGCUCCAGCUUGCUCAGUGCACCGCCAAUGACCCGAGCUCAUUCACUCCCGAGCGUCAUCAACACGGUCGGCAGUCUCUCCUUCUCACCCGCUCGACCCUCUAGUCCCCUACGGUCCCCAGCUCGCUCUCGCAGCCCCUUCAAAGCUUCCGACGAGACAUACAGCCACUCUGGCGCGCCCAGCGUGUGCGACAUCUCGGAAGACGCCGAGCUCCAGCUCACUCCGCGCGGUUCAGCAGCCGACAAGAUGCCGCCGCUCAUCUCCUUCCAUAGCACCACGUUGCCUCGCAAUCGUCGCCGACCCGCUUCGCCGCUCUACCAGGUCUCCAAUGUGCCCUUCGGCAGUGCUCCCACCAGCACUCCGACAUCCACCCACUCAUCCCCGCUUCUCUCGGCUACAAAGUUCAACGAGCCAUUCCCCUCAACCUCCCAAUACAGCAGCUCCUAUUCCUCCUCAGUUCCGUCCACGCCAACUUCCAUGCGUUCCCGCAGCCCCAGCAUCUCCUCGCUCGAGACCAUACCUGAUUCACCGGACGCGGAGGAAGAAGCGAUAGAGGCCGACCGCAUUGCGAAGCUCAAGGCUGCAGCCGACGCCGAAAGCGCAGCAGCAGAUCCACUGCGUCGGGGCAGCCUGGACGUCCCCGGCGAGACGAGGACUCUCCGAUUCGGCAAGCGCGACGCGCGAAAGAGAUGGAGCGUAUGCGGUGCCGAGCGGCGGGGCGACCUGGACCUGGAGACGAUUUGGGAGUCAGCAGAUUGAGCACCCAACAGGGUCUCAGGAUCGUGGAACCUGUCUCUACUUCCAAUCCCGGAUCAUGCGCGAGAACGUCACCUCCUCUUGUUCCCUAUCACAAAACACCACCGAGCACCUUCAAUCAUCAGAGCUCACGCUCACGCUCACAUCAUUGCA